UCCUCCUCGCGCCUCUCGCUCCGCCGCGCCGUUUCCUCCUCCUCCUCCUCCCAGCUCCGCCUCCCCGUGCGGCCGCCGUCGCCUCCUCGCCGCCUCUCCUCGUCCUCCUCCUCCUCACCCGCCGUCAUCGUCGCCCUCCACAAGCGCAACCCCAAGCGGCUCAAGUACGCCUCCCAGCGCCAGUUCACGAGAGGGGACGCCGGGAUGCUGCGGGUGCAGGUGGAGCCCUCCGGCGAGGACCUGUGGAAGCUGGACCCCGUCAUCGACCUCAUCAACCGCGGCGCCGUCGGCAUCAUCCCUACCGACACCGUCUAUGCCAUCGUCUGUGAUCUGAGUAACAAUGACUCUGUUGAGCGCCUUCGCAGGAUCAAAGGCAUUGGAGAUUCAAAGCCUCUCAGCAUUUUGUGCCGCUCACUGCGAGACAUUGAUACCUACACAACAGGAUUUCCUCGAGGCACAAACCAAGGGCAAGCUAACAUAUUCCGUGCUGUCAAGCGUGUAAUACCUGGGCCUUACACCUUUAUUUUACCUGCAACCAAGGAGUUGCCCAAACAAUGCAUAAGGCAUGGAUCGUCUACUAGGUAUGCGAAAAGGAGGCAGGUUGGUGUCCGACUUCCAGAUGACACCAUAUGUGAAGCAAUAUUGCAAAAUCUUGAUGAGCCUUUGAUCUGCACAAGUGUCAAAUCUCUGUCAGAGGAUGAAUGGAUACUCGAUCCGGUUAUCAUUGCUGAUAUCUAUGAGCAACAGGGCCUUGAUUUCAUUGUUGAUGGAGGUACUAGAAUCGCUGAUCCAUCUACUGUGGUUGAUAUGACGGGAAGUUAUCCUACCGUUAUUCGUCAGGGAAAGGGCCCAAGGCUAGAUUGGAUGGUAGCACAAGACGAGGAACAAGAGUCGCCACCAACAUUUGCUUUUAAAACAGCUUAAGUUACUUUUCAGUUGUCCUAUCAUAGGAGGUUGUAAUUACUUCACCGAAGCCGGGUGUUUGAUUACGGAAUUCUGCUAUAUAUACUCAGCUAGACCAGCAUACUACAUAGUGUAAAUAUGCCAGGGGAUGUAACCAGGAAUCAAUACAGUUCACCAGGUUAUUUUCAGUUCACCGAGUAUCAUUUUCCGUUUGUCACGUUGGCACAUCUGGUAGAAAGAUGGGCCACUAGCCCAUGAAUCGUAGCGGUGGGGAGGCCCGCAAAGUAAUUAGGGCCCAGCAGUAGUAGUGUUCUGCACUUCUGUUUCUGGGAAGUGGGUCCGAGGAAGCAACGGUAUUGUACGAGGGAAGCUGGGCCUGCCAAAGUAGUGUAAAGUCUACUUUAUUAUGUUCUUUCUAUUUAGUUGUUAUCCAUUCACUAUAAAUACAGAUAUAAUAUAU